AUGAUGCUGCGUGAUCGAAUUAAAUUAUUAUAUAAAGAGAGUCUAGAAGCUGUACAUGAUCAGCCAUUACCGUCACUACCGUUUCAAUUUCGUGUUCUGAAAAAAGCAUCGCAAAAGUUGCCAACGACACAAUUAAAGCAAAAUUGGGCAGCGCUAACAAAAAAGCCGGCUAUUCAAUUUAGUGGCAAACAGAAAAAGUAUUUAACCGAUAAGUUUGAACAAGGAGUACAAGGUAUGAAAUGGGAUCCUCAAGCAGUGGCAUUGGAAAUGGAAGUUGCCUCGUCAAAUACAGGAACGCCUUCGUUCGAUCACCACGAAUGGCUUACUGAUACACAGAUAAAAGAAUUUUUUGGCCGCCUAGCUACAGCGCGCCGCAAACAACAGUCAUCCGAAUCAGAUAUUCAGUCUGAAAGUUUAUCAGCAUCACAACUUACUCAAUUAGAUACAGAUGAAGAGUCACAAGAAUUCGAUACCACAGUUCUUGAUGUGGAUGAAAUUAUCUUCAAAGUUUGA